GAGCGCGACGGAGGCCAAGCGCAAACGCAGCUUGAAGCGCAUUUGGGUUUUGAGCGCCUACGAUGCAAGUGGCCAUGAUGCACGAGAUGCCGUCGUCGCCGACGUCGUCGAGCAACGAGACCAUGUCGCACACGCCGACCAAGAAGCGCAAGGUCGGCGUGCCCAAGUUCCUCCGGUACCUCUACCAGAUCCUCGAGAAGGAAGACAGUGCAAUCAUCUCGUGGGCGAACGGCGGCACGUCGAUCCAGAUCCUCGACACGGACCGCGUCGCGCAGUACAUUUUGCCCAAGUACUUCAAGCACUCCAAGUACGCGAGCUUCCAGCGCCAGCUCAACUACUUUGGCUUUCGCAAGUGGACGAAGAGCCAGACCAACAUUUGCACGUUCAGCCACCCCGAGUUUCGCCAGAACCGACCGGACCGCCUGUACCUCAUCAAGCGCAAGAACAGCCCCGAGUCGGCGCGCAAGAAGCCAACAAAGGCCAUGAGCGCGUCGGCCAUGCACGAGAAGACGCCGAUGCCACCGAUGCUGCACUUUCAUUCGAUGCGGCACCAUGCGAUGGCGCCCAUGAGCUACGACUUUUUGGCGCCAACGACCACCACCUCGUCGUCGUCGUCGCCGUCCGCGGGCUUUCACCGUGCGCUCUUCCCGAACGACGUGCUCGACUUCAAUCCGACCAAGAAGGAGAGCAUGCUCUUUGGGUUCCAGUCCAAACCGUCGCCGACGACGACGCCGCUGCCGUCAACGCACCUGCUCUCGGACAUUGAGAACCUCCAGAUCCAAGGCGACGGCCCCAGCUUUAGCCUCCUCGACGUCAACCACAUGAUGUUUGGGGGCGCGUCGACGCCGCUGCCACCGUCGAUGCUGCCCGACCUCAAGGACUCGACCAACAACGAGUCGCACUUUGAUUUUGAUAUGAACUGCGCGUGGCUCGACAGCUUUACGCCCGUCGACCCGUACCCGAGCGGACCCGCGUUCAACCACGCCGAGUACGCAUAAUAGACUAGUACACUAGAAGGUACCAACUAAACCACCAACAAGCUAUCUAUCUCCAAGUACAC